AGAUAUAGAAUUAGGGCAGGAGAAUUCGAGGGUUAUGGCCAGAAUUUGAUUGGCGAUCACAAGGUUGAAUGGGGUGAUCGCUUUUACAUGAUCACCAAUCCCAUCCACCGGAGGAAGCCUCAUCUCUUCCCCGAGCUCCCCUACUCUCUUAGCUAAGUAUUAGUAUAAUUGAAUUUUUUAAUUACUAGUAUUUUUGAUUGCUUCUGGGAUUGAUUGCGGAAGCUCUGAAGAUAGAUGUGAACGAGAUGGAAGAGAUGUUCGAGGAUGGGAUGCAGUCAGUGAGGAUGAACUACUACCCACCGUGCCCGGAGCCGGACAAGGUUAUCGGGCUGAUGCCGCACUCGGAUGGAAGCGCCGUCACCAUCCUCCUCCAAAUCAACAAGGAUGGAAUUUGGAUGCCUGUGAAGUUCUUGAAGAAGGCUUUGGUGGUCAAUUUGGGUGACAUUGUUGAGGUGUUGAGCAAUGGAUUGUACAAGAGCAUUGAGCAUAGGGCAACAGUUAAUUCUGAGAAAGAGAGAAUUUCACUAGGAAUGUUUUUCAACCCUAAUUUUGAUGCAAAUGUGGGCCCAUCUCCAGCUCUCUUGGGUAAUCAGAUGCCAAUAUUUAGGACUAUAUCAAUGAAGGAGUAUGUUAAUGGCUUCUUCUCUAGGAGACUCCAGGGCAAAUUUCUGGACACCAUGAGAAUAUAAGGUCUCGUUGUGUUAGA